AACCAUGGCCGCACCUUCAUUCCACGUCUUUCCUUCUUCAUCUUCCCGCUAAAAAGGAAAGAAAAGAGAAAACCCACUUCACCCCUCACUUUUCUCCCCAUAACUCAAAACCCCAAUGGCGAAAUUCUCAACUCGACCCCAUAAUAGCCCUUUUCUCCCUCACCCCACUAACCCCCGCAGUUCAAUUUUCCACUCAGUUUCACCCACUCGCUUGAUUUCUCAAUCCCAUCUCCUUCGAUUAAGCCUCCGUGUUUGUUGUAGCAUCAAGGAGAAAGAAAAUGUCAAAGGCAAUGAAGAAAUUCCCCCUGUUCUUUCUGGCUUGCGAGUCGAUGCAUCGGAGCGAACUAGGUCUAUUUCGAAAUCUGAAAACGAUUUGAGCUCUGGAAAUGGGAUUGAUGAAGUGGGGUUUGAUUCGAAUUGGCCGCCGUGGAGGAAUGUUCCUGAUAGAUAUAAAUUGAUUGGUACUACGGCGCUUGCGUUCGUUAUUUGCAACAUGGAUAAGGUGAAUUUAAGUGUUGCUAUAAUUCCAAUGUCGCAUCAAUUUGGGUGGAAUUCUUCUGUGGCUGGAUUGGUUCAGUCAUCUUUCUUUUGGGGUUAUGCUUUGAGCCAGUUGCCUGGUGGGUGGCUUGCCAAGAUAUUUGGUGGGAGAAAAGUUUUGGAGAUCGGAGUACUGACAUGGUCGCUAGCUACCGCGCUUGUUCCAUUUCUUGCUGGAUAUAUGCCUGGGUUGAUUUUUUCCAGAAUUUUGGUUGGCAUCGGAGAAGGGGUUUCACCAUCAGCUGCAACUGACCUUAUUGCAAGGUCAAUUCCUCUACAGGAACGCUCACGGGCAGUCGCAUUUGUUUUUGGUGGGCUGAGUGUAGGAAGCGUUUCUGGACUUCUUUUGGCUCCUUCUCUCAUCCAAAAUUUUGGUUGGGAAUCUGUGUUCUACAUUUUUGGCUUUCUGGGGAUAGCUUGGUUUGCAGGAUUUCAGUUUCUGGAUGGGCAACCGUCAGUACCCCUUAAAUCCAUUUCAGCUGUAUCCGAAUCCGAGUCUGAGUCCGGGUUCCCCACAAAGAAAUCAACAAAACCCUUCAAACUCCAACAACUACCUGCUGCACUCAAGGAAGUACCAUGGAGGGGAUUUUUGGAGUAUCCACCAGUAUGGGCAAUGAUAUAUACUCAUUUCUGUGGGAGUUGGGGUCACUACACUUGUCUCUCUUGGCUUCCUACUUAUUUUAGCGAGGAGUUGAACCUUAAUUUGACUGAAGCAGCUUGGGUAUCCAUCCUGCCACCCCUGGCUUCAAUCUUCGUGACAAGUGUUGCAUCGCAGUUAGCUGACAACUUAAUUUCCAAUGGUGUCGAUACCACAGCAGUAAGAAAGAUUUGCCAAACAAUUGCCUUUGUGUCUCCAGCAGUUUGCAUGACUUUGUCCUCUGUUGAUUUAGGAUUGCCACCUUGGGAGGUAGUAGGAAUUCUAACCAGUGGUUUGGCCCUCUCUAGUUUUGCAUUAUCAGGACUCUACUGUACUCAUCAAGAUAUGUCACCUGAAUAUGCAAGUGUCCUUUUGGGCAUUACGAAUACCGUUGGAGCAAUACCCGGUAUCGUUGGAGUUGCACUCACUGGCUUUCUUCUUGAUUCAACCCAUUCUUGGAGUAUCUCAUUGUUUGCCCCAUCAAUCUUCUUCUACUUGACCGGGACAAUUGUUUGGUUGGUCUUCGCUAGCAGUAAACCUAAAAACUUUUCGAAGAAUGAAUAGUGUUAGAUUACACGAAUGUGCUGAGGAGAACUCCAAUACAAGCCAUCAACUGCAUUUCAUAUCAGGUUCUUCAGUUGUAUAUCUGUAGUGAAUACAUGUAUGAUUCCCCACAAAGAAGCAUUAUUACUGAUCAUGUAAAGAUUUUGUCUUCUUAUUGUUAGUCAGAGUGAUCCUGCCAAAGUUGCAUAUGUUCUGUAAAAUUUGUAUCUUCUGCCUAUAGUGCUAUCUACGGCUAUGGAUUGAUUUUCCGUGGUCAAUGUUGAUCCA